CUGGUGGGUCUGGUGUGACGGAGAGUAGUUUCUGCUAGAAGGACUGGAGUUUUUGCUCUUAAAUUCUUAAGUUUUCUAAUUCUUAUGGCUCCAGGUGACGAUACUGACAGUGGACUGGAGUCUUUGUCAGCGAGCAAUAAAUCUUUGGCGACAUCCAGCAGAAAAGACAGUAAAGAUAUGAAGUCGGAAGUUGAGGAUGAUAUUGAAGACGAGGACUUAGAUGAAACCCUAUCUGAGAGACUUUGGGGGCUUACUGAGAUGUUUCCAGAAGGAGUUCGUAAUAUAACUUCUGCUGUUGUGUCUAGCACUUGUACCGGAAUUAAAGGGUUCUACGGUCUUAGUCGAAUAAUAGCAUGGUGUUUCUUCAGUUCAUCAGCCAUCCUCUUUGCACCAUUAAUCUUUGAAAUGGAGCGAGCUCAGGUAGAAGAAAUGCAACGUAGCCAGCAAAAACAGGUGCUUCUGGGGCCAAGUAGUGCCAUGUCAGGUGGUAUGGGACUCAUGCCCCCCAUACACCGAUAAGAUUUGCGAAGAGGAGUUCGAGAUCAGUAUAUUAGACAGCCAUGGUAAUCUCAUUAAUGCGUACAGGAACCAACCCACAUCAGUCAUGACAAAACUUGUUGAAGAGCUGGCACCAGCAUAACAUUUUAUUCAAAUAUUAGUGUAACUGAAUUGCAUUAAAAUUAAUAUAAUGAAAUGGAAUGCAUUUAAAAUUCAUUGUCCUCAUGGAAAUAAUAGAUAUAUUGUGGCACAGCUUAACAUAAUGUAAUUAUGUGAAGUGUCCAUGUCAGCACUCAUUGUCAGAUUAUCCAGUUGGAACUGUCAUCAGAAGCAAAGUAGUACGACUUAUAUGUCUUUAUAAAUAAUAGGGGGACUGAGGUUUCAAGCCACACAGUGUGAUGUUUGUUUCAAAGUUGUGACGUGUUGUUGACUUUGGUUCAGUGGAAAUCAUUGUGGGCCUGGUAAAAAAUUUGCAGUGAAAGAAAUGUAUAACAAGAAAUUGUGUUUGAGAAAUUGCAUGGGAGGUCAAGAAGUGUUCACAUCCUGUUGCACUUUUUAUUUCUUAGUAUGUUUUAAAAUGUCGCAAAUAUAUACAUGUGUGUGUCUCUUUCACCCAUGUUUUGUUACCAGUUGAAAGAAUAAAAUGAUGAGAUGAAGUUUUA